AAAUCUCUGCCGACGUCUCAGCACCGCAUCCUUCGGCACAGGACCUGAAACGGUGGCGCCCAAGGCCCUCCCAGGAACCGGCGGCCCCGGCAUCCCCACAAUCUUGGCUCGGCCAGAAAAAAGCUUGUCGCUGCCCAGUUUGGGAAAGGCUGUUGCAAGUAUCCGAUAGAUUGCUUUAUUGUGGGCGGAUGAUCGUUCCGUGCGAGCCCAGCGUCAUUCACAUCGGUCGUUUGUGGCCAGACCGUGGCUUAAAGUCGCCUUUCCACUCACGUCGACAAUGACGUCCCACCAUGGAAGCUCGGGCGGAGCUGGUUUGUUCUAUGGUUAUCUAGGGUUUCAAGGCCCUAUAGUGCUCUGGGGGGUAUAAAAGGCGUUUGUUUCUCUGUUCCUGUUGUCUAUCAUCCGCAAGCCACCAGUCAGUCAGUCAGUACAAGCCGCUCCAGCAAGCAUCGUCAUCAAAAUGUUCUCCAAGAUCCUGCUCCUUGCUUCCGCCAUUUCCGGCGCCACCUGCGCGACGACCUACACGGCCUCGUUCACUCAGUACGGCUCCACUGACACCUGGGGCUCCGGGAACUGCAACGUCAAGACCGCCGCCUGCGGCUUCUACACUUCGCCCGGCUACUCUGCUGCCGUCUCGGAGAACCUGUACGGCGCGGCACCUGGCGCAGGCGCUGGCCCCGCCUGCGGCACCUGCUGGAAGCUCACGGCGCAGAAAGACAGCUCAGGCAACCAGCUCAGCAACGCGGGUAACUCCAUCGUUGUCAUGGUGAACAACCUGUGUCCUGCAAGCGGCAACCAGCUCUGCUCGCAGAGCGGCCUCUCAGGUACGAACCAGUACGGCGCGAACGUCAACUUCGACCUGUGCAUCGACUCGGGCGCCAGCAGCGCGCUGUUUGGCAACUCGGGCGUCGGGCUGGCGGUGGGCAGCGCGGAGCAGGUCGACUGUUCGCAGUGGAGCGGGACGAAGCAGUAAGAGAUGGAUGGUGAGCGUGGGGUGAGGGAGCGUGUGAGUGGGGUGGGGAUGGCGGGGAUCUGAAUGGACUGUCCUUACG